GUCUGUUUUUCCGCCAUGUUGGCUUAUAAGUGAGUUCCUUUACCUCGUGCAAAAGAGAGUCUUUUAACUGGUAAUUGGGACGUUUAUAAAGAAUAUAACCAGUGUCGAUGAACGGUAUUAAAGAUACAUGAACGAGAUCGACGUUGAUGAAACAACAAGGCUGAUGUCGGACGAACCGCAGCCCCAAAAUUAUGACGAGGAAGGCUCCUCUCGUGCCCGCCGUCAUCGCCGUCAACGAGAAACUGAGCAAAAUACAUACACAGUAAGUCUCUAAGGUGCAAAACCAGCUAAAUUACUUAAUAAAUUUUUUCAGGCUUUAUUGGUGUAUUUUGGAGGUUAAAUCUGUUAGUAAACUGGUGCGUAGUUACGUUCAUGCCUAUUUUGAAACAUAUCAGAAAGACGCGAGCUUUUCAUUUCCGUUGGAUACCGGUAAAAUUAAAUGCUGGAGUGUCUAGUCAAGAUGAAAGGACUUUUUUCCUGUUGUAAACGUGCUGUAGGUUUCAAUGCUUAAGUGCCUUACGCCUUCAUUUAUAGUCUUUGUCUCUGAUCAUGUCAGCAAGUUGUCUCAGUGAAUGUAAAGUUGAAAGACUGACUCAGAGAUUUAUAUCCAGGCAUUUUUUUCCGUUUGCUAACCUCUCAUCAUUUAACUACUCCUCUGGCCCUACAAAUGGUUUUAUCCCCACCCCAUCCAGUCAGCUCGCUCUUGGGAUCUGUACUGAGAGUGUAUGUUUCAAGAAAGGUGUCAGUCUUAUAAAAUGAGGUGCCUAUUAAGUUUACACCGAAGUUACCUGCUUGUCAUCUUACUGGAAGUCAUCUUGCCUAAUAUUUAUUUAAUUAAGCUGUGACCUAUGUGACUUAUGCAGUCAGUCUUUCUAUCAUUACUCCUUUUUUGUCUAAAAUAACACCAAAUACAUAUUUUUAUCAUAUUAUGUUUGAAAGUGUCAAUAAGGAGGUGCACAAUGUGCAAGCCAGUGAGCCAGCAAGGCAUGCAAGGCAGACGUACGAGGCAUCUGAAAACAUGCAAGGCACUUAGAAACAUGUGAGGCAAAAACAAUUCAUUAAAAUAAAAGAAUUGGACAGGUUUACACAACUCGUACAGUUCGUAAAGAAUUCUUUGUUGACACACCUUUAUUUGUUCUCAUUAAAAGGUCAUUGAAGGAUUUUCCCUUGCAAAAUCAUAUAAAGGGAGGUUUCUCACUAAAUUUCUUGUUAAUGUUUUUGGUUCGGCGUGAGGUGCCAUUUCCCCAUCAUUAUAAUAAUUUUAUAAUCUUUUAGGUGCAGAUUUUUUCCUCUGUUGGAGGGCUGUUGGCAAAUCGUAACCUCAGAGUGGUACUUUCUCACAGCUGGAUAGCCUCUGUUCUUUAGGCUAGAUUCAAAAUUUCGAACCUUAUUUUUCCUCAGAAGGAAUUUUUUUAUCAUAAGUCCUAGCGUUUUUUUCCUUUGAUAAAGCCUAUCUUUACGGGUUGACAGAGUAGUGACACGAGUUUGUGUACAGUGAAAGGUAUCUCUGAGUUGUUAUGUGUUUACACGUCCAGGAUAGGAGACGUCUGCACGCAGGCUUUUAACACACAAAUGUCAUAAUAGACUCUAUCCUGACUCUAUAAAAAUCUCUGUAAUCCAAUGCGCAAAUUUUGCCUCUCGUACAAACCUCUCUAUUUCAUCUAGACUGGGGAACACAUCGUUAAAAAUACCUUUCCAAAAAAGCAGUUUGGUGAGGAUCUGCUUUAGGAUUUGGUUCUACUUGUGGCUCGCAAGUCUGCUCACAUGGCUCGCACAUUGUACACACUUUGUAAAUAAACUCUGUGAUCAGGCAACAUAGCUUCAGGCAAGAUGAUGUUUUUCCAACUUGACCAGUUGCUGUAAGUUAGGAAAGAGUUGACUGUGGGGGGGGGGGGGGGGGGGGUAGAAAAAGAGCAGCCGCUUUUGAAGCGCGGGGUGUGCGGAAGGUAUUUCUGUUUAUUCUGGUGUGAGGGACAAAGGGGAUAUGCAAUUGAAGCACAAGUAUGUGGCAACACGCUCCCAGCUGUGCGCAAUUGUUUAGUACAUGUUAAAAUAAUUCCUUCAGGCAGGAGAAUAGACUUUAAGGAAAGUGUUUUUUUUUCCAGUGGGGUGGUGGUUUUAGUAGGGAAAAGUGGUGGGGGGGGGGGGGGGGGGGGGGGUAGUGUGUAUAAUUGACCCAGCCUUUGAAAGUGCAGUAUUGUGUAAGUCUCAUUCUUGUCCUCUUAGGAUGAUAGACAAGAGGAAUUUGAUGAUGAAGAUAAUGAAAGGAUGGGCAGAGAACGGGAGAGGAGCCCUAGGCAGCUAAGAGUACGAGAUGAGUCACCUCAUGACAGUGAGAUGGAUGAGGAGGAAAUGCUCAAAUAUGGGGCUAAAAGUGUCAUGAUGCUGAUCAUUCCUGUAUCAAUGUGUAUGUUAGUUGUGGUGGCAACCAUAGCAUCAGUUACAUACUACACUCGCAAGGGAGGAACGUACCUGUAAGUCUGUCAUUCCAUGAAGAGAGUAUAAUAAUUAUUGACUUAUGGAGAGUUUUCAAAUACUGAGACUGGAAGGUUGUUCACGUUUCCAUACCAAGAGACAAUUUCAUUGGUCAGUGUAGUAAAAUUUCACAGGUGUAAUUUAGCAUUGCAGCUAUUGCUUUCAGAUUCUCAACCGAUAGCUCUAAUAGUAAAUGACAAUUGUAAAAGUUUUAUCAUAUCGACCCAGGAUACUGGUAACCUCAUGCAAUAUUAUAGACAAGUUUGUGUUGUGGAUCAUUGAAUAAUUCUUUUUCACCUGGUCACAGAGACUGUUACAUGCAACCUCCCCCUAGAUAAUUGUUAGCAGCCAAUCAGCAAAACAUCCAUAUUCUGGAUAUUUUCAUACAUGUAUUACAGGAUAGUUUUUGGUUUGGCACCAUCAUAUGGCUGUAACAAUUGUCUAGAGGCAUUUUACGUGGGUCAUUAUCAGGGAUGUACAGUGUAGCUAAGGAAGAGAUGAGCAGGCUUUUUUGUUAGUCAAUUCUGCUUUUUUCUGAACUGCACCUUCAAAAUUUCGGCAUGUCCAGAGCAAUUUGAGCUGGUGAUGAGCUCUUUUUCAGCCGGUGAAAUUAGCUGGAACCCGGUUCUUAGCAACAUCCCUGCAUAAAGAGAUUUGACCCAAACUGCAUACCGAGCAUAAAAAGACACUGGCAUCCAGUGUACCAGGAUAUAACUUAACUUAGUGUGUGUUGUGAAUCACUAGGUAAGUGGUUACAGAUUGUCUCCUGUUUCAGAAGUGGAGAAUAUGUUCAGCCCUAUGAUUUUUUUUAACCAAAUAUUCUAUAUAUCUUUUCCAAGGGAACUGAAGUGAAUGUUAGAAAAAUAACCUUCUUUCGCUGCAGAUAAUUUUGCUUUAAUUUUCUUAUUAAAUCAUUGUUACUCUUUUCUGUUUUAUUUAGUGUUUACACUCCAUUUCAUGAAGAAGGGAAUAUAAGUCAGGCAAGGAAGGCUGGAGAAGCAAUUGCCAAUGCCUUUAUAGUGAUUGGUGUUGUCUUGGUGUUAACAAUCAUCCUUGUUGUGUUGUACAAGUUUAGGUGCUAUUGUGUGAGUAUCUAGAGCUACAUUUAUUUAUCUACUAGUAAUAAUCAAAGGUUAUGCAGUGCGGGGGACAUCAAUCAAAGGUCAAAACGCUUUCGCUUCAACUCCGUGCUUUGGCUAAGAUUCAUGGUGAUUUGCUUAGGCAUGAAAGAAGUUUCAAACGUGCCUCAGAUCAGAUUGUGUUUUGUGCAUUCUAUUCAUUCUUAGUUAAAGUCCAAACAAAGCUGGCUGAGCAACCUAGAGAUUAUGAUUGUGGGCUCCUCUUGUUGCCUGCAAUUAGUCAGUGGUAAAUUUCAAGUUUAGGGUAUUACCAUAGUAUGAAAAUUCAAAAUACAUGCAUUUUAACAAGGUUAGAAUUAGGUACAUGUACAACUAACAAACCCAAGUGGAAAAGCAAAAUAUAGAUGUAUCUUCCUUAAUAUGAUAAUAAUAUGGGUCAAAUAUUGUUUUUCAGAUUAUAUCUGGAUGGCUAGUUUUAUCUUCGCUUAUGUUACUUUUCUUCUUUGGAUAUAUAUACUUCCAGUAAGUGUAAAUAAUUGACUUUUUCCUAUAAAGUUGAAUAAAUAACUGAUCUCAAUAGUAGGUACAGGAUAGAGUGUAAAACCAUUUUGAGAUUGUUAAUGAAUAAGGACUCUUACAGCUGUAUGUAAAUAUGUCUUAACCUUUUUUGGUCAAGCAAAUCCAUAAACAACAAAUACAUUUGAAUACAGCCAAUAACAAAUUUUUGAUAUUGGCUGUAUUCAUAGAGAGGUGACAAUUGAUUGUGUAGUAUAAAGACAAGACACACAUUUUGUGGCACUAAACAUUAGACAUUUAAUUCGUCAAGAUAUCUUGGGCUUCCCGUUAUAUAUUAAAUACAAUAUUAAUUUUAAAGGGUCUUUCUUUCUCAGUAACAUAAAUGACACUCAAUUUUUGUCAGUGCAAGACUGUUGUGCCUUGUCACCCCCCUUGGUGAAUCUAAAGCAUUCAAAAAUAUACAGUAGUACAACUGUAUUUUUGUAUUGUUAUUUUAUUAACAGUAUUAUGCUGGUAAUUCCUUCUGUACUUAAAAGAAUUUGUGUAUUUCUUCACAGGGAGGUGCUAAAGGUGUACAAUGUACCCAUGGAUUACUUUACAUUAUCACUGAUAAUCUGGAAUUUUGGAGUAGUAGGGAUGAUUUGUAUACACUGGAAAGGUCCCCUUAGAUUACAGCAAGCUUAUCUUAUAUUAGUUAGUGCCCUGAUGGUAAGUUCAAUUCUAUUAAUUUACACCCUUUUAACUCAUCAACAAAGAUGAGUUUGGGGGGAGGUGCUCCAAAUGUUGGUGAGGCCAAGAACCGAAGCUGAGAGCAACACAUAACCAUGACAACCCUGUGAGUGGCAACCACCCGGGCACCGUCACACUGCUAACCAGUGGAACCUAGAAUACUUACCAUAUACUUUACCAAGGGGAGGGCAGGGAAGGGGGCAAAACAGACUAAUGAGAAUGAGCAACAAAAACAUAUGGGCUGACCUCAGCAGAAAAGCUGUAAAACCCAAACGCCCCUGCGAAGCUACAGAAGGCCCCCAAAAAGCACAAGUGAGAGACUGAUGGGCAGCAUUGUCUCAAGUUUAACUUGGCCUAAAUUUCAUCUAGAUGAAGUUAAAUAAAUAUUUAUUUAACACAGUUAACAACAAGGAGCGCGGGCCUGGUCAGUGGUCAGUCGCUUGGCUAAAGCAAGUGCGGUCAGCCUUGCUUGUAUCACCUCCAUGUGCUCAGUGCAGGGUUUUCCUGGCUGUCAUUCUCUUCGUUUAGCCUUUGGAUCAUUCUUUUACCCCCAUCCCUCCCCCUCCUUUUUUCUUCCACUGUUAAUCAGUGUGACAGGUACCUGGUUCCAUUGGUGUGGGGGCUUGUGGCUGGAGGGCGUGGGUUUGCCAGCGAUGGGGGCAUACCUCUGUCCAGUGGCUGACUGUACCAAAAUUGGAAGCCCCUGGACAUCCUGGGCACCCACCUCCACUAAGUGACGCAGUUGUUAACUUGGCCUAAAUUUCAUCUAGCCACAUUUAGAUUUUGGGUCCUCCCCCUCCUAAAGGUCCAUUGUAAAGAGUGGCAGUGUACCCUACCCCUGCUUUUUAUGACCUUCCAUGAUACAGGUACGGAUGUUGCUAAGGAAAAGCUAAGCAGGCUUUGUUACUCAAUUGCACGUACAAAAUUACUCCAUGCAUUCAUUUGCCAGAGUAACUUCAGCCAGUGGUAAGGUCUUUUUCAGCCAGUGAAAUUAGCCAGGAGUUGGCUCUUAGCGACAUCCCUGUAAAAGUAUUCAUAUUGUUUGUGUUUGCAUUUGAUCUGUUUGAAAGUUUCUUAGAAACUUUAACUGGCUUAAAAUCAAUACCCCCCAGUUGUCUAAUUAGCAAUGACCAUUACUUUGGUAUUGAAAUUGAAUGAGUUCGUGGAAAGAAGCUCUAAGUGAUCUGAUAAACUGCCAGAUUCUCCUUCUACACUGCCUUGCUUUUACUUGUGAGAGAAAAGGAGAAUUUGACGUAAGGUCAACAUUCACUCUAGUGCCUUUCAUACAGCCCUUCAAAUGCAAGGUUGAAAGCAAAACGAGUGUAUGUAACAAUUUGGCUUGAUACUAAGAAACUUCACUUAUGAACUUGAAUUGCUACUGGUGAGGUACACUUCAAGAAACAGUGUGCACUGCCAUUUUGUUGGUUUUCACUAGCAACGGAGUUUGAGUCAAAAUCGCAAGUGAAGUUGUAAGAGCACUUAUGUGACCUUGUGAAAAAAAUCGUCGUAAGCAGUCAUAAGCAUGAUGAAAUCAGUCAGAAGAAUCAGAACAUGUCCAUUUUCUUCCAAUUCCACUUAUGCCUCUGUUGUUUACAAUCUAGUGAAAACCAGAUUGUCAGUUUGGGAAGCCAAAGGGGAAGGAUAAACCAAUCACAAUGCACAUUCCCAUACUUUGUGAUUGGUUUAGUUCUUCUGCUUCUGCUUGCGACUUCAACAACCUAGUUUUCACGUGAUUGUAAGCCUCUAGUUUUCAAGGUAGAUCAAAUUAAACUAUGAGCCGUGAUUAGCUUAGCUUAGUUCACCUCAGAGGAUUGAGUUGUGUCCUUCCCAAGAGUCAACGAGCACUUGUAAAGUUCUUCAAUCAGUGUGUGCCUGGUUGGUUUUCCCACUUACAGUGUUACAUGUACUAAAUACUGAAUAAUGCAUACACUUUAAAUUCAUUGCUUUUUUAAAAACUGUGUUCCAAAGUUUUAGCUCUUAGCUCAUAUUUUUUAUGUGACUGACUUCAACCACCAUACAGCCAUAGUAUUUUAUAAUCAAUGGAGGGUCAAUGCAGGGUGCUAGGGUUUUCAUUAAUAGAAAGGUAAAACAUCACAUUUACACAAAUGGCAAACCGCAGAGAUGAUCACACAGUUAGUGGUAUGGUAAAAAGUACUGAUGAAUCUGACAUCAAUAAAAUUAAUUUUUCACCUUUUUUUUGUUGAAUGCUACAACACUUGGUAUAAAACCCCGUCUUAAAGAUGUUUUUUCUAACCCUACAGGCUCUGGUGUUUAUCAAAUUCUUGCCAGAUUGGACAACCUGGGCAAUUUUAGCAGCUAUUUCACUUUAUGGUAAGUAUCAGAAGGCUGCAGACUCGAUGUCUGUAUUUUAUUCUGCCACUGUCUUUUAAACUUCUUUUAGACUCCAGAAUCAAAUUUUUGGGUCAGAAAAUAUUCAAAAUGGUUUCUCCCUUCCUUUAUUUUUUUACUUAACAUCAGGUGUUUGACUUCCUUUUUUUUUUUACUUAACAUCAGGUGUUUGAAUUUGAUUGUGUUACAGAUUUGUGUGCUGUCCUCUGCCCCAAAGGACCCUUGAAGAUCCUUGUUCAAACCGCCCAAGAACGAGAUGAGCCAUUGUUUCCAUCUCUUAUUUAUUCUUGUAAGCUCACUUAUUUAAUGUCUCUGUUGGUUGAAAAACAAAUAAACAAAAAACAUCCUGUAAUAAUUUUCAAUUCCAUACCUAAAUGAUAUUUACAGUGAAAUUUGUUGUAUUGUGCUGCGUGUAUUGCAAACUUCGAAGGGAUUUUGGGUUUUUCUGUUCCGUCAAUCAUUUUAGUGAAGGUGGGGUUAAAGCUAAUCUUAAUGUAAUGUCCUCGCCCAGCUUGGCUGAUAAUGACUCUAGACUGCUCAAGAAUAGCGAAGGAAAUUGCGAUGGUGAGUGGAUUUUUUGUUGAAGGAAGGAGGCAGACGUUGCUUUAUUCUUGCAAGUGGCAAGAAUAAGAAAGAUCAGAAAAAACUGUGAAGCAAACUUAUCUAGUCAAUUAUUGCUCAAAACAGGACGAUCGCAAAGCAACGAAUCUUGAAACACGAAACAAACAAAUGGAUCGAAAUCCACGAAUCACAAGUCAUGACCUUUUGAACUCGUGCAAGUAAACAUGUGUUUCCUAAGAGGUCUGCUAAGAUGAUUGACAGAACAGAAAAACCCAAAAUUCCUUUGAAGUUUGCAAAACCAACACCGCUAUACAACGAAUUUCGCUAUAAGCAUUCUGUAUUCUCACAACUGCAUGUUUGUGAGAGGGCUUAAAAUAUUAAUUUAUUCUUGUGCUUAUUGUUGUUAGCCACAAUGAUGUGGACGAUUGGAAUGGCUGAUAGAGACAAUUCCAAUGACUCAAGAACAGGUCCGGGAACAAUUGGUAACACUAAUGCACUGACAGAUGAUGAGGAAGAAUUUACAGGGUCAACUGAAGGUGUUGGGCCAUCCAAUGAAGCAGCAGAGGAUGCAAUAAGGGCACUUGGUAGUAAUGAUGAGGAACAAAAUGUAGAAAAUGCACCACCAGAGAAUCAAGAGGAUGAAGAAAGUAAGGAAAAAUUUAUCCCUUGUUGUAACCAGGUUGCAUAGAAAGUCAUGUACUAGCCCAAAAGUCCUUUUGUCCAGGCCCCCCAAAUCUUUUGAUAAGUAGGUUUAACAAAAUAUUAUUAAUUAAUUACUCCAUUGGUGACCUAAUUACUGGAUUCAUUAAUUCAUUGUAAAGCUAUUAUUAAAUGAGACUUUUUUAGCAGCCUUAGGAGCCUUACUUCUGAGGUAGAUUGUGUGGAUCACACAUCUAGUCUGACAUGAAAUGUAAUGUGAUUCUUGUUUUUAAAGGCUUAAAUUUGUCAGAUCAGCUUGAAAAAUGGCUUUUAGUCCACAUGAAUCAAUAAGGAAUUUUCAGUUUGUCCUGCAGAACUUAUGUAAUUGGAAUUUACCCAACUUUUCCUUUGGACAAGUUAAGAACAGAAUUCACUAGCCCUGUUGCAAAAUCCAAUAACCCUGGGAUAUCAGACAAGACUUUCUUUGCAUACCCUGUAAUGCCUACAUUUGUACCAUGUCAUUAGGUGUACAUUUUGGUGGUUUACGUUUCAGUGUAUUGCAUUACUCUUUCCUUCACAUAAGUCCUAAUGAGUGCCUUGUUCUUUUCCGUUAUCAGAGGGUGUUAAAUUAGGCCUUGGAGACUUCAUAUUUUACAGUGUUCUUGUUGGCAAAGCAUCUUCGUACAAGGACUGGAAUACAACCAUUGCUUGCUUUGUGGCCAUCCUUAUAGUGAGUAUCAGUUGUGAAUAGGUGUAAUGUUAUUUAAAGGUCAUUGUCUAGAAAAAUGCCAUUUUUAAGUUAUUAGCGAGAAGUAGAAAUGCUCUCCUUAUAUACAUAUUUCGGGUGUCUAAGAGGUCGAAGGUCUUUUUUUUGAAAAAAGAAAAAAACACAAAAAUCACAAGCUGAUUAGCCUGGAUUUGACACGUUCAGAGCAUUAGGCUCCCUUCAAUUUUUCUCAAUGCACAGCCUUGGAAGACUUUUCAUGAGUGACCUUUCCUUUUUGACUCAGAGUUCCCCACCUCCUUUGGUUUGCUAGCAAAGAAUUUCUGUAGAAAAAUCACCCCAGUCUAGAGUUUGUCUUAACAUAUUAUUUUCUUUCCUCUUGCAGGGUCUUUGCUUAACACUUCUCCUGUUAGCUAUCUAUAAGAAAGCAUUACCUGCUUUGCCUAUAUCCAUUACUUUCGGACUUAUUUUUAACUUUGCCACAGCAGAGCUUGUCAAGCCAUUCAUGGACAGUCUCUCCAGCCAACAAGCUUUUAUUUGAACUUAGUCAUGUAGUUUCAAGAGUUGCUUUAAUGAACGUGUAUGAUAAUGUUGUAAUAUUAAUAUUGAUCGCAGAUCACAUACUUGAAAAAGGAUGUUUUUCGUUUGACCUUGAAUAAUAGUUCCUAUGUCUGUUCAUCAUUUGUUUUAUCAGUCAACGGUCAAAACAUGGACCCAGCAUUUAGCUUCCAAAGAAAAUCCUAGAAUGGAAAACAUAUUGUUUGAUUGUCUAUUCAGCUGCCUUUUUUUGCAAAUAGUUACAGUAAACUGACUUUUCAGCAAUCUUCCUUUAGCUGGGAAUGCAUAGACCUCUUUCAUAAUUCUUUCAUAUGUAUAUAAAUGAGCCUUUCUAGUCUCAUUUGAAAAUACGAAUUCUUUUAUAUUUUGCACAUGCUAACGAGGUCAGAAAGGGUUAUUGACAUACAUAUAAAAGAAUAAUAUAGGCCACCAUUAUGAAAGUGGUCUAUUGCAUUUUUGCUAAGCCAACCAAAAGCCAAGUGUGUUUGUGUCUUUUUGACAAACCAAUCAAAUUCGCAUAUUUGUUUCAAUGUUGCUUUGGUUUUGAUUGUUCCAGAUCAUUUAAAGGUCGAACAAAAAUCUCUCUUAAGCAGAAAUGGUAAUAAGUUAACUCUACCUAAUAUAGCCAAAGGCCAGCACUAAAUGUGAAUCUCAGAGAGCUGUCCUUCUUAAUUAUGGAGAGUCAAAAGAAAAUAAUGACUAAAGAAUUGGCAGGGACCAACUGUAGGUGUAUGCUAUAGGGAAAAUUAUGAUCAGAGUUCUAAUGAAGGGCCAUGACCCACAACACCAGUUGCAACUGAACUCACUUGAUGUUAUGAGCGAUUGAAGUGGAAAGCUAGAGGUGACACCAUAAUUUUUGUGUGAUGUUAGGCAUGAAUCUUCAUUUGCUAUGGCUGCUUCAAAACUUAAAGACAGCCUUGAUGAGUAACAAUGUCUUUUAUAUUUUGUAUAACAAUAUGGCAUAUACCAGAAAUGAGUAGAGUUCUACUUCCUUUUCUGCUUGUCAUGAUAAUUUUGGGUUUAUUGUUCUGCAUUGCAACUACAGUUUUAUAUUACUCUUUCUGCGGGACAAACGUGAUAACUUGCUCACAACACAAAACUUGCAAAUGCUGGUAAUGUAAACAGCCAAGUUCAGAGAAGACCCUUCAAUUUGUGUAAAAUAGCUUUGUAUAUUUUUUGUAUUAGCUGUUAAGCAGAUUGCACUACAAAAGUGAAGCUGGUAUGUAUAAAACAAUGAUAGCUGUUUGUGAGCUUGUCUCUUGCGGUGAUGCCUAUUUGUCAAGUCAGAUCAUCUCCAAUAGUAAUUAGCCGAUAAUUAUUCAUUUCUUUAUACAGGGACUACAUUUUAGCCAUGAUAUGAAAAUAAUGUAAUUUUAUUAUUCUAGAGAAAAAUCUGUACAAUCCACUUUGUUUUUCAUUAAUUUCGUUUUUCAUGGCAUUUCUGCCAGACAUGAUCACUAUUACUCUUGGAAAGUAAAAAUUAAUAUAAACCUUUUUCCCCACUAUUGCUUGAUAAUGGUCAUACAUUGAAGAUUAUUAAAAGUAUUUUUUGUCAUUAAUUUUGUCCUCCUGAGUAUAUUUAUUUCAAUACAGUAACAACCAAAGGUUAGAGAGUGCAGGUGAUAUUGAUUGAAGGAAGCUC